GUGCUUGGCAAGCAGGGCCUGAAUUUGAGUCCCACUCUCCCACCGACUUUACGUGUAGUUUACGCGCUGCGAUACGGCACCGGGGUGGUUUUCAGAAACGUUCACCGGACGAAGUGAAAUAGCGAAGAGCGAAUUACUCUUGACUCCUGGACUUCGCAAUGGCGAUUCUGGAGCGAUUAGUGAGGACUUCUCGGCUAUGGCGUUCAAUUCCUUCUCUUAAAACCCUAACUCCUUCUUCUGCUUGCUCUCGCCGCACUACCCGCCCUUUCUCUCACAGAUCUGCUUUUUCGUCUGAGGUUUUAAGUUCUAGAGGUCUACCUGAUGCUGCGGGACCAUAUUCGUUGUUUCCAGCUGUGUUAGCUGGUCUUUUUGGGGUUGGAGUUCUGGAAACGGCAUACGCCGAUGCUAAUGAGUCUGCAGAUGCAGGUUGGAAAGAGCCUGCCAAGACGGAACCUUCCUCAUCAUCAGCAUUGCCUUCAAGUCAUGAGGAUUUGGAAGGAAUUGCCAGGAAAUUACGGUCCCAAAUAAUACUGAAACUUAGAACUAAAGGAAUUCUAUCUGCUUCUCAUCCUGAUUUCACUGUUGCUGUUAAAGGUCAAAAGGUUAGCAUCAAGUUCCAAAUUCCUCCUGCAUGUGAAGUUUCCCAUCUUCUUGCCAAUCUCGUUUCCCAACUUGGAGUGAAGGCUGAAGAGGACAGGGGUGGUUCAGAUAUGUUACUUCGUGCUUGGGACAGGUUUUCUUGUUCAAUUCCUAGAAUUUUUGCAUGGCAGCUUACCCUUAGUCGUCCUCUGAAGCAAAAGGAUAUCCAAGGGAAUUCAAGUGAUGAAGAUCUAUGCAUACUCAUCUAUUAUCCUAUCAUCAGACCUGACAAAGCUGAGAUUGAAUUCAUUAAGCAUGGUAACCUGAGUACUGAAGAGCUUGAUGCUUUUGCAUCCAUUUUAGAAAUAGCUGGCAAAAAGUUGGGACAAAGAAGAACCCCAGAUAGCAGACCCAGGGGAGAGACAGAAAAGGUGCCAUCUGCAGAUAAAUCUAUAGCAAGUCUUGAAUCAAUGGGAGUGAGAGUUUAUGGACUCAAUGAACCUCACACAGGUGUCUCAAAUGGUGAGAUGGCUUGGGACAGCAUUGCUGGUUAUGAUAAACAGAAACGAGAAAUAGAAGAUACGAUACUAUUAGCUUUACAAAGACCUGAAGUAUAUGAUGACAUUGCUCGUGGGACACGUCAUAAGUAUGAGAUAACCAGGCCGCGAGCUGUUCUCUUUGAAGGUCCCCCAGGUACAGGGAAAACUUCUUGUGCUCGUGUUAUUGCUAGUCAAGCGGGGGUCCCAUUGCUGUAUGUACCACUGGAGGUAGUCAUGUCCAAAUACUAUGGUGAAAGUGAGAACUUGCUAGGAAAAGUGUUUUCUCUUGCAAACGAACUUCCCAAGGGUGCUCUUAUUUUUCUGGAUGAGAUAGAUUCUUUUGCUGCUGCCCGUGAUGGUGAAAUGCAUGAAGCUACGCGCAGGAUAUUGUCAGUCUUAUUGCGACAGAUUGAUGGGUUUGAGCAGGAUAAGAGAGUGAUUGUCAUUGGCGCUACAAACAGAAAGCAAGACCUUGAUCCAGCGUUAAUCAGUCGGUUUGAUACUAUGAUCACUUUUGACCUGCCUGACCAUGGUAACCGUAAGGAAAUAGCUGCCAAAUACGCCAAGCACCUUACAAAAUCAGAAUUAGAUGAACUUGCAAGAAUUACAGAAGGCAUGUCUGGAAGAGACAUUAGAGAUGUUUGUCUGCAAGCUGAAAGGUCCUGGGCAUCAAAGAUUAUUCGAGGAAAAGUAUCCAAAGGAGAUGAAGCUUGUCUUCCACCUCUGCAAGAAUAUAUGGAUAGCGGCUCCAAUAGGAGAAAAGCCUUGCUUAGUGCUGCAGCAAAUCAGAAAUUCCGAAGUUGUUCUCCCGUUGGCAAAGGGAGCCAGCUAGAUCUGGUCUGACUCGGAGUGGGAAAAUAUGCUUAUUCAUUCAAUCAUGGAUAUUUUUGUUUUUCCUUGCUUAUAGUUAUUUAAUAUUAUUUUCCCCCUUUUAAUGUUAGCAUAGAUGGGCAUAGCAUCUAUUGAAGAAACAAUUAUUAAAAAUCA